AUGAUAUCGUCGCCAACAACCCCUACUACUUCUUCAGCUAUUCCAAAUAUUUCCGCCACCUCUUCAACUACCCCAAAUGCUUCUAUUGCUCAAAAUGUUUCUAAUGUUCCUUUUAUGCCUUUUACAGAUUUUACUAAUUUACCAUUAAACAAAACUACAGAAUAUAAUGAGAUAUCUUUGUUAGAACCUCCUGUUAAUAAUCCUAAUUAUAAUCAAGAAAAUUUGCUUAUUUUUCAAGCCACAAAUAAGUUAUCAUCAAAUUCUUCUAAUACUGCUUCAAGUAGUAAAACAAAUCAUUAUUAG